AUGGCCCCAGCGUCGGCACCCGUGACACCAGACGGCAAGCUCUACUCGACACCGGCCCGUGUCCCGCGCACGGCGGCUGCAGCGCACCGGCUCCCAGCGUCGAGGCUGGCGGACCUGCAGUCGAUGUUCCCGUCCCCGCUCUCAUCGUCCGACGCCGGCUCGUCCCCCUUUUCGACCCUCAGCCUCAACACGCCCCAGUGGUCGGACCGCGCCAGCUCCGCCUUUACCACGCCCGAGAGCAUCAAGUACGCAGCGGCCCAGAGCCCGCUCGCCAGGAGGUCCAGAGGACAGCAGCCCGACGAUGACUGGCGGGCACGCGCCACAGAGCACGGUAUCCGCGUCGACCGCGGCUCGUUUGACGACGACGAGAACUACCCGGUGCACCACGAAGGCAAGCGUCAAAAGUUCGACUACGAGCACGAGUUUGAUCCUCUGGCUGCGCUGGGGGUGUCGCCGCUGGCGUACCGGCGGACACGGGCCGAUAUCGAGAACGAGGAGGAGAGGAUACCGUACCAGUCGAUCGCCCCGCCGCCGAUGCUGCCCACCACGCCCGCAAGGCGUACACUGGGCGCACUCAACACGCCGCCCAGGCGCGACGACCGGCUGAAGACCAAGGGCUCGAUGACGGAUCCUGCGUAUCCGCGCCGCCGGCCGACGUAUCCUGUCAGCGACCUCUUCGACAUUGAUGAGAACGACCACGCCCAGCACCAGCAGUACCCGCUGUCCUUCUCUGCAAGUCAUGCGAGGAACCGGACCGUUGAUGGAUUCGAGGAGUUUGAGCUUGCACCGCCAAAGUUUUACCAUCAGCGCCAGGCGUCGUUCGACUCGAUGGACGAGUAUCAGGAACCUCAGCCCCAGCAGCAGCAGCAACCGCCGGCCCAGGUCGAUCCGGCGGCGUGUCCGGUGUGCGGUAACAGGGCCAGCACGCUUGUCGCUCUAGCACCCUGUGCCCACGUUCUUUGUUCGGCGUGCUUCACCUCGGCGCUCAACAUCGUCGGCGAGAAGAACAUGGAAUGCGCCGUUUGCCGUUGCGCAGUCGACAACUUCCAAAUGAAGCCCGCGCCCGCUUCUACCGCCGCCGCUCCGGUCCAGCAACGUCCUUCUCCUCAGCAGCAACAACAACCGUCAUACACCCGCCAGACGUCCCGCUCCAGCCUCAGCAACGACAAGAACAACAGCACGGUCUUACGCAUCGACAACGUGCCAUGGGAUGUCACGCCGCCGAUGGUCAAGGCUUGGCUGAAGCAGCCUGGCGCUGUGAAGCGCGUGCAUGUGCUCCUGGAUCGCAAGGGCAAGACGCAGAGUCAUGCGUUUGUGGAGAUGAGGGAUGAGGACGCUGCGAGGGCGGCGUUGAGGACGGCACAGAACAGCGUGCUUGGUCGUGGGAAGCGCGCUCGCGGUGUUACGGUCACCCGUACCUCUGAGGACGAGCUUCUCGCUGCACUCUUCCCUUCGUGGCGCGGUGUAUUUGAGAAUGGUGUCCCUGUUCUGCGCAACCUCUCCGAGACGGAGCAGCUGUCCGCACUGGCCGCCGGCGUACUCGACGAUGUUGAGCUCCGCGCUCUCUUGUCGCUCGUCCGCUCGCCGGACAGCCACUUUGUCAAGGUUCCGAGCUUGCCGUUCCACGCGCUCAUCUCGGUUCUCGACAAGCUCCCGCCUGAAGGCCAGCACGGUCGUGCUCUUCACACUCCCGCUCGUCGUGAUGCACUGUUCGAGGCUGCGCUCGCUGCCGCCGGUGUACUUGCUUCCGACGAAGGCGCUCGCCGCGCCACAGCCGACGACCCUGGUCUCCUCGCCGAAUUGCUCGAGGUUGCAUCUCACUGUGCGGUCUUCACACCCGCGCAGCGCGCAACCCUUCGCGGGCUCGCCGAAGUCGGAGGAGGAUCGCGCGCGGGCUCUGCGGCGUCUAGCAUCAGCGUUGGCACGAACGGCACGGGCGGGUUCCCCAUGAUGUGCCAGGGCCCCGGCAUGGACUCUCCCAGUACCGCAUCCAGCGAGCUCGGGUACGGCGUCGACGAGUUCGCUCCGCCCGGCCUUGGCGGCAUUCCGUACGGCGUAAACGAGUUCGGGGAGUACGUCUCCAUGCAGGCUCAGCAGCAGCAGCAAAGAUACGUGCCGCCGCCGCAACGCCGGGCGUCGGCUGGGACUGCGCCGGUCGGAAUGGGCAGGGCACAGGGUGCCGGUCAUGCGAUGCAUGGGAGGCGCGCCGUCAGUACCUCCAGUCAAGCGCGCCUGAGUGCGCUGGCUAGGGAGUUCCAGUGCGACCCGGGACUCGUGGAGGCCGUUGCUGCGAGGCUUGCCGCGGGCGAGCUCAUGUAG